CCAGAUGUGACACGUUAGUGCGUGCGUUAAAUUCAAGGGAUGGCCAUGCUGUCAUUAGCCAAGAUUGCUUAAUUGUUUAAGUGAAAAAGCCUAUAAUAGCCUACAUAUUUAACUGGGACUCAGAGAAAGGCGCUCUUGAUCAUUUCUAGUAGUCAGUGGGCGGUCUCCAGCACUUGAAAGAAAGCUCCACUUCACUGCUCAGCUGCGGUAUUGGGUGGAGUCUUGUGCGGCUUGACGCUUCACUGGAACAGGAGACCUGCUACAUUACGCACGGAGAGGUCGCCAAGUACGCCUGUACCGCGAGGAGACUGGAGGGCAGAGAACUCCGAGAACAAAGCUAACGAUUUUAUGUUUUUGUUCUACGAAAAGGAAGAGUUUGUUACUCCAUCCCUGUAUACAGAGUGACGUUUUGGGACAUUUGGAUAUAUAUUUUUUCUCAGAAGCCUAUGGUUCUUUUAAGAUUAUUAUAAAGGCUGUUUGAGGAGAUUAAAAGGUUAUUCAGAGUGAGAGCAGACACGUUCCCUCGACUCUCUCUCCAAGGACUGCUCGGAAACCCCUGGCCCCUCAUGAGAUGCCCACGAGUCGCCUGGCAUUUGACCCGAUAACCAUGGACGUCCGAGUGAAGGCCAAUCCGAACCUCCACUUCGGGGUCAACGGGGGUCACGACGGCGCUGAUAGAAACUCCCACAGUAAACCAUUUGAGGAUAAGGCGCUGCAUUUCUUAAGCCAGGAGGAGCAGGAUUGUAUCCUGUUCUUUGAGGAGACCAUCGACUCCCUGCUGACUACCCCAGCAGUGGAUGAGCUUGAUGGGCCAGGACCCCCCAUCCGGGCAUCCGCCCCCAGCCUCAGCCCCGUACCACCCCUCUCAGCCUUGGACAGGCCCACCAAGGACCAGGACAUCAUAGACCUGGUUCGCCCAGCACAGACUGAUCUGGUCCACCCCACACAUGCACCAUUCAACCCCCCCAUGCCAGAUUUCACCCAGAAUAUGGUAAUGAACAACCCCGAGAGGCAUUUUGAGAACAAGCCGAGGCGUGAGGUGAUGGAAAACUUCCCUACAGAGUACAACCUGCCCCUCCCUGGCAAGGACAGUGCCUCCUAUGGCCACACCCUGUACCAGCCUGUAGGCUCUGUCCCCACCCCUGUCCGCAUCGCCCAGAAGAUUGCAGAGCACCAGGGGAGUGCGGGGAACACCAACAUCCUCUCUUCCUCCCUCCUGCCCAACUGCCGUAGGAGCCUCAAUUUAGAGAACAGAGAGAGACCACCCACCCACCCAGAUUAUCCAAUCAAACAGGGCCCGACCACCUCAGCCAAGCCCACCCAUUACCCCAACAACAUCAGCAUGAUAAUGGGCAGCAACCAGCACCACAGCCAUUCGCUGGCCAGUGUGAACCUCCAGGACAGGAAGUCUCAGAUGCUGGCUAACCUAUCAGGGACGACCCACCCUGUGGAGGCGGAGGAGCUCCAUGGGCUGCAGAAGGCCCAUGUAAACCUUCCCACCCGCAGUGUGUCUUUCAAGGAUCCCACUCCAAAUAAGUCCCGGAUGGAGGCACUGUCCAAACUGGGCUUGACCCGAAACAGCAGCACAAACACCAAACCCACUGCUGCCCCGAUUCCGGUUGCCACCCCUACACCCGUUCCUAUGCCUACCCCUACACUGACACCCGUGACUAAACCAGAUGUGGCCAGACAGGCAAAGACCUUGCCACCAGAAACAGUCAACACAAACACCUCUCAUGAAGGUAUCCAUGAAAACAAGCCUGCUUCUCCGUCGCCCGAAGUCUCGUCCAAGGACUUUAACAGCUAUGGCGGGAAGACCAUCGUGGUGAACCCCUCUAAGGCUGCUGCUGCUGCUCCCUCCCCCAGUGGCCAUGGCAGUAAGGCCCACCCAGUGACCUCUCACAGUGACUUCAACCCUUACGGGGGUAAGACUAAGGUAAUGAAACCUGCUCCUGUUACCACAACCAGGGCUGACCUAACCCAACCAGACAUUGAGAGCAGGGACGUGCCUCCCCCAGCCUCCACCCCAGCAAGAGUGAUGUCUCCCCCAGCCUCCACCCCAGCCAGAGUGAUGCCUCCCCCAGUCUCCACCUCCACCCCAGCCAGAGUGAUGCCUUCCCCAGCCUCCACCUCCACCCCAGCCAAAAGGAUGCCUCCACCAACCUCCACCUCCAUCCCAACCAAAGGAGAAACCAUGUCCUACGAGGUCAAGAGCUACGGGGGGAAGACCAGAAUGGUCACCCCAUCCCACACCACCCCCUCCCCCGUUUCCACCCCUGAUAUCCUCACACACACCCCAGUGAGGUCCCCCAGCAAAGCUUUAGCCCCAGUGCCUUCUCCAGCCUCCAGACCUUUCCGCUAUAGCACUCCCCCUAGCGCCAACAGGGCGGUGGCGUCUCCCACUUCUCCGGAGUCCCGGCCGAAGUCCAUCUCCAAGCCAUCCUUCCGCUCCCAGGGGAUCACAGUGCAGUUCUCCGGACGGGGAGUGACGGAUGAGUCGCGCAGAGAAGCUCUCCGGAAACUGGGACUGCUGAAAGACACUUUCUAACUCUCUGCAUAACCUCCAUUCAGCUUCCAGGUGGACAGACGUAACGAAGGCUUCUGGAGUUUUUCUGAAAGGGUGCGAGGCGUGGCAGGAGAGGAUACCUACAUUACAGUGGAAUGAAACAGGAUCCGGGCUGAAACCGGCACACCCGGUUCUGAGCGCUGAAUGCUGACAAACGAGUCCGACACGUCACAUGGCCUAGUUGACAAAUACACACACACACACACACACGGACAUGUAUGCACACACAUUCGUCAAACAGACACACACGCACUCAAACACACACUUUGCACAUGCACUCAUACCCACAAAUGCAUUCGCCCAACAACUCCCACACGUAUAUGCAUCAAAGCACUGUCUCUUUAUUGUGCUCUAUUUAACUGUGGUCCUACUAAGUGUUUUACAUUGCCUCUGAAUCAAGACAUAUUGUACUUUACAGAAAACAUGUACCUCUAUUGUUCUCUGGGCCUGAAACAGACAAAAAAACAGACUUGUUCAAAGGGUAAUGCAGACAGCUGAAUGUCUUUGGCAUUGGCAUAUCUGGCAGAGAGACAGACUUUUUACUACCUUUGCUACCUUCUGACGUCACAUCCUCAGCUACCAGUGAGAAUCCUUACAUGCUCUCGCUCUCCAAAGAUGGAUAUAUAUAUAUAUAUACCCAAUAUAUUUACGCUUACUUUGUAUGACACUAUAUUGGAUUACUGAUCCGUUUGAGGCAGGUACUGAUAAAGUGGACUUGAACCAUUAUAAACUGGCUGUGAAGUCACCGGAGAACUGAAGAGCCUCACAACAUGUUACUUUGUUUACCGAUUUCAGCGUUGUUGUUAUCCAGGGGGUUAUUAUGAGUGUGAUUUAUCUCACCGUUCAGCUCUUAUGAGCGUGAACAAGGACAAAGUUUGAAGGACUUUCAGAAUAAGGUUGAAUUGACUUCACUCACUAAUUGUCACGUUUACUCCCUCUCCGGCGCUCAACGUCACCAGUUUACUCAUUAUUACGCACACCUGCCACCAUCGUUACGCGCACCUGUGCCUCAUGACACUCACCUGGACUCCAUCACCUUCCUGAUUACCUCCCCUAUAGCUGUCACUCCCCUUGGUUCUUUCCUCAGGUGUUAUUGACUCUGUUUCUGACUAGCUGGUUCAUGUAUAUAGGCUACUCGUGUUGCUUGCAUUGUUCCAUGUUUAUUUAUUUAUUAAAUUCACUCCCUGUACGUACUCCCAGCGUACACAUUACACUAAUCUAUUAGAAUGUAUCUAUAUUCCCUGUGAGGACGGUAACCAUCCUACUCAUAAAUAUUGAUGAUAUCCUACUUGAUAGGUAUUUAUGCACCCAUUGAUUUCCACUACUGCCUCAUGGUAUGUCAAUGACAGGUCACUCGGAAGGGGGGUACAUUCCCCCAUGCAAGAGCAAAGCUUAGGAAUGUAACAAUUGAUUGGCAUACCAAGCAAACUAAGCAGCGAUUCAAGUACCGGUAGUUUGCAUUCAUGGACCUCAUAUGCUCAGCUCGAGGGUUAUCAAAUUAUUGGAAGUUCUGAAGUGACCCCAUGUGUUUUAUCUCCUCAUAUGACAUUUUUGUGAAUGUAAGUUGCAGAAAAGAACAGGCUUGAGUUUCUAGGAAAGGAGUGAUAUGUAAAUUACAGCGCUGGCUAAAGGGUAUUUUUUACUCCAUGGACGUGCCUCCCACACAAAACCACUGAAUGUGGUUUGAAAAGUAGACUUUUACUACUUUGAGGGGAAAAAAACGUAACUUGGUGAGGACGGGCAAGGGCUUGCAAUGUCCAAAAUACAAGCACUGAAGCCACAGAAUCCAGAAAUACUCAGAAGGACCACUUUUGUUCAUGUACUGUAUGCUGAACUUGCAUUUGCAGUGUGUCAUUUAUCUGUCAUCAUAACUGAUGCCUCUUGUUUCUCGCUGGACUGCAGAUGUAUUGGUACAUAACCCUGGUGUGUGUGUGUGUGUGUGUGUGUGUGUGUGUGUGCGUGUGUGUGUGUGUGUGUGUGUGUGUGUGUGUGUGUGUGUGUGUGUGUGUGUGUGUGUGUGUGUGUGUGUGUGUGUGUGUGUGUGUGUGUGUGUGUGUGUGUGUGUGUGUGUGUGUGAGAAACAUGUUUGUCCAUUUUAAAGUUGUUUUUUUAAUGAAAAAAGUCAGACUCCGGUUUUGUAGUUCAUCUACAGUAACUCAUGAAGUAUCUAAUACACACAAACACACACUGGGAAAAUAUACCUGUAGUUUGCAGACCCAGGGAGAGAAACCAAAGAGACUCACGUACAAAAUCUUUAUUUGACAUUCAAUUAACAUUUACAAAUUGUCAACAAAAGUUGCUGCUAUGGUACAACAGCGCCUUUAUAGUUUUGUCUCAUUGUCUUAUUGUACACAACGUUUAAUGUACAUCUGCAUCACCUAAUAAAGAGAGUAAUAUACAUGA